GAAAAGGAGGAAGAAGAGGGGAAGACUGAUGCACGUACUCUGCAAGUUAGACUGUUUAAAAGAUAUCUACGUUUGGUGAGUGAAAUUGUGCAUUUUAAUAUUAUGUAGCAAUAAUUAUUGUUAGAACUGUGAAAUGAAACGCGCGAUCGUUGGCCUUCUGGACUCAGGAUCUUAUCACGAGGGUUUUACUAUACGAUUGCAACUGUUCAUAAAAGAAAUGCGCAGAGAGAAAUGAUGUUGUUUUGGUGAACGUAGUUCCAACCUUUUGACUAUAGCGAAUUGUUACUUGUAUUGUAAAACGAACAAUGAAGACAACGAAGUCCUUUGGGGAUACUUUGUGGUGACAACAAAGCUACCUCACGCAUGCAGAUCUUAUUCUUCAUUUUGAAUGAUUAAAACACUUAAAGAUGGCGCGAAAUACGCCACUUCCACAUUUCCCAUAAUGCACCUUAUUUGUCCCCCAACCGCAUAACCAUUGCGAUUUUCAAUCUGGAAUGAAGAUCAUUUUCAGUUUACCUGCUAUCAGAAUGAAAUUUUGUACCAGAAUAUCUUCAUUCAGAAUGAAAAUUGGAAUGGCUUAAACAGGAACGAAAUGUUGUUCCGUUAUCAUGUAAACAAAUACAGAGAAAUACAUGGAAAUUGAAUGGCCUCAUUCUAGAAUGAGUCAUUCCGGUGAGCCCCUAAUUUUGUCAUAAAGAUAAAAAUCAAGAAUGACGGCCAUUAAUGUAUUGAGUUUCCACACUGCCGGGGGGGGGGGGACACUUCCUUUUUUGGCCUAUAUGGGUAUGUGCCGUUGGACAGGGUAUGGUUUUUAGGGCCUUAUAAAUUUGUAUACAUUUUCACUGUUUAGCUCCUUGAACAGGGUAUCUUUUUGGAGCAGACAAGUGUAAAGAUUGGCCAUGAGCAGUCUGUUUAUGUGCUACCAACAAUUUUUCCAAAAAACUCCACGAUGUCAGUUUAAAAAUUACCUACCGUAAUUACAUAUGCAAAACAAAUGAUUCAGGGUCAUGAGAUAAGGUCUCUUGUCUUAAACAGGACAGCAAAAUGAAAGAUUUUCACCUUUAAGCCCCAAGAUCAACCUUCAAAUAAUAUUAUUCACACUGGCCUCCACACAUUUCUUGAAAGAAUGCUUAAGAGAUUUUGUUAAAAGAUCAACUCACAUUUCCUUAAGUGAUAAUUUUGUUAAUUCUCAUUACCUUUCUACGAGAUCAUAUACUGAUAUUGUCAAGAGAAAAUUGAUGUUAGUCACUCUUGGGACUUAAACAGUUAAAUUGUCCUCAACAGGGUCAGGGUUUGAAGCCAAGCACUGUUUCAGAGUAGUGUUCAGGUGUAUUGUGGUAACUUCAGAAUGGCAGAUGACAGAUCAACAAGGUAAAAAAAAUUUAUCAAGGAUUUUUCGUUGUAUUCUGGAAAUUUUUCCAUGGUUCUCUGCAAUUUCUGGGGAGCGGCAAAAAUUGCUGUACGGCAAUCAAUGAUGAUUUGGCUACUCAAGGAAUCUUUCACACUUGUUUGAUGAAAACAGACAUAAGAUAAAUUUAUAGUGUCACCUUAAGCUUGCCACUUUGAUGACCCGUAACAUCAAGUGAGCUAAACCGUGGCAGGUGUGAUGGGUUAUGACUCUUAUGACAGUUUUGGGCAGAGCAUUAAGUGUAAAUAGUUAUAAUGAUUUAUGAAUGAGGUUUAAAAAUGGGUCAAACUGGUUUAACUCCUUGUUUUUUCUUUGAGUUCUUGAGUUUUACUUUAAUUUUUUCAACUUGUAUGUCAGAUGGGGCGAUGGAUCAUCUGCUUCUUCUGAUGGCUGUGCAUCAAAUGUUGAUUUAUUGGUGAGUGUUGAUAAACAGUACAAUAUGGGUCAGAUUUAGUUUGUUCAUCAUUAUAGCUGAAGGUUAAUAAGGUUUGUGGUAUAAUUCUAAAAAGUUUCUUGGAAUCCAUUCAUGUUUAUUUUCAUUCUGUGUAUUUGUUUGGAACUGGCUUGUACUUCAACUGCCAUGUUUUAAAACAUCCGGAAACCAUGAAUUCAAUAUCACAGUUAUGUUGCAAAGUAUGCUUGACAUUACAGAUUAGAAAGCAUUUCAAACAGAGUUUUAUUAUUUGGUCAUUAUGCAGGUCAUUUGGCAUUGUUUGGGAUUAAAAAGCAUUCAGUUAAAGUUUUAUUAUGCAGUCAAUGUCUGGUUAGACUAAGUUAGACUAAGUUAGACUAAGUUAGACUAGUUAGAUUAGACUAGUUAGAUUAGUUUAACCCUUUAGUCCCUAAGAACAAAAUUUGAAUUCUCAUUUGUUGCCCCUAUUCAUUUCCUACAGAAGUAGUGGGGAGAAGUUGAUGAAAUAUCCAGCAAAUUCGUCUUGUGUGUUGAUGUCCCUAAUUCUCAUGACUGCACUGUUUUACAAAGCAUUGAUAUUACAAGGAGAAAUUUGAUGCUGAUCACUCUUAGGGCUUAAAGGGUUAAGACUAAGUUAGACUAAGUUGAGAUAGUCCUUUGAUAAACGGUCAUACCACCCUGAUAAAUAUAAGAAAUAUUUAUUUGUUUAAUGCUUUUUGUGUAGCUUCUUCACCUUCCUGUAUUAGUGAAAGAUUUCACCUGGGAAGUACAGAAUGAGUUUGGAAAAUGCUUGAACCCUCUAAAGGAGAGUGGUUAUGACUGGAGGAUUAUUGCUUCACGGCUCCAGCUUACUUGGAUAAUUCAACGUUUGGAGCAAAAACCAAACCCAACAGUUGAAAUGCUUAGAGAAUGCACUGAAACCACAUCACAGAAGCUUCUAGAGAUUCUUGUGGAUGUGAGAAGAACAGAUGUAAUAGAUGACAUGUUAAAGUUUUUUGGCAAGAAUGCCAGACUGUUAGGGCCAAGACAUCCAACACAGGAAAGCAUUGCUGGUGACAGCUCAUUUGAUAGUAGUCUGUCAUGGCCACUGCAGGACUCUGGAAAUGCUAGGUGACUUUGUACUUAAAAUGCUUUAUAGUACAGACUAAAGAAACAUAAUAUCGAAAGCUUAAAAAUAAUACCUGCCAAUAAGUUGCAAAAUUAAGGGUUAACGCAAAUCCUCUAUUAAGCCACCCUCUCUAAUAAGCCCCCAUAUUCAGUUCCCCACCCCUGCCUCCUUAUUCUUCACUACCAAAUUAAUAAAAGAUGGACUGAUCUGGUAUUGUUAAUUCAGAAGCUAGAAGUUUAGAUUGGUUUUGAUCUUUGGUUCAGUUGCGAAACCCUCCGUGGGGCUUAACAGAGGAUUUGCGGUAAUUUCUUUUAGAAACAACAUCGUUACCCCAAUUUUGUUUUGGAAUUACCAUAAGCCUUGAAUACUAAGAUCUACAGUUACCACACAGGUAUAAGCAAAAUAAACUAAGAUGGUUAUGCAUUUAGAGGCAGCACAGUUAAAAACUCAAAUUCUAUUCAUUGGGCUUUUCUUUGAUGUGUUAACGAACUGGACGUAUUUAGAAAAAGAGAGCACUACCCUAGUUUAAGCACUGCAAUAAUCUGAAACCUGUACUGAGCAAACACCCAAAGGACCCUUGCAAUUGUCUGUUUAAUAGACUGGUGUCUGCUGAAAUAUACAUUUUACAAGAAGUAUGAAUCUCUUGGGAGAAAGGUUUGGGACUUAUUGACUCUUGUGUGCUUAAUUUGGGGUCCACUUUACAGAGGAUUACUGUAUUUCAUUGUCUCUGAUACCCAGCCCCUCCAGUAGGAAGAAGUUUCAUAUGACAGAAAAUGACAGAAUACUUUUCAUAAUAUAUUAGUGAACUCAUUCUGCACCCAGCAAAAGGGGUGCCCUCUGUAAAGAGAGUCAAAGAAACUGAGUGAGAGUAGCAAGUGCAGACUGUAGGUGGGCUUAUAGUACUUUGCGAAACGAAACGAAACGAAACGAAAUGGUACUUUGCGAAACGGUACUUUGCGAAACGGUACUUUGCGAAAUGGUACUUUGCGAAACGGUACUUUUACAAUUAGCAGAAGCAAUGGUUCAGCACUACACGGAAUGUUACACCCUGUGAACUAAAAGCGAACUAAUGUUUAAAAGGCUAAGAAACACAAGUCAGCAAUUUAAAAUGAAAUUGUUCACAUUUAUUGGCCUAAAUUUUGCACAAAGGUUUGUUACAGAAAACCAAAUCCAAAUUUCGAAAAACAUACAGUUAAGUUUUGGUUCUAACUUAUCCAACAUAACUGAAGCAAAUUAAAACAUGCAAUCUAUGUGCCAAUUUGUCUUUAAACAAACAAAAAAGCGUCUAUGGGCCACAGAAAGAAGAAUUGUUACGGUUUUACUAAAUUUGUCAUUGUUCCAUUUGUUGUCAUUGUUACUGUUAAUGUUUUUGUUUGAUUUGCUUUGAUUGUAAUUCAUAUAUGGUACUCAUAGUAAUUAAAAAAUAAAUUUACAAGAAAAACGCUCUGAAACGCUCUUUUUACAUGUCUGCGUGUGAAAGAUGCGCCCGCAAAAUUAACACGUGUUACAAAGACGACACUAAAAUAGUUCAUACACCACGUUCCAAGUCACUAAAUCCAAGAUGGCGUCUGUUAAUACAUUGCUCUUUGGAAACAAAUCUUAAGCUUUCAGUAGCAUUCUAGGUACUAGAGAUAAGGUGUGAUGAAGCAUUCUAGGCUGCUAAUUUUCAGGAUUUGCUCGCCAACGCGAAAAAUUUAGGCGCAUUGGCACUUAUGCAUCCGUUUCGCAAAGUACCGUUUCGCAAAGUACCAUUUCGCAAAGUACCAUUUCGCAAAGUACCGUUUCGCAAAGUACCAUUUCGCAAAGUACCGUUUCGCAAAGUACCAUUUCGCAAAGUACCGUUUCCUUUCGUUUCGUUUCGCAAAGUACCAUAAGCCCUGUAGGUGUCCAUUGUAGAGAGAUGUCUUCUGUUGGACGAAAUUGACUGUUGUUAAAGAUAACUCAGUUGAUCAUAACUGUUUACUGAUAUAUUGCUCGUAGUUCUGAGAUGGACAGUGAUAUUUCCAAGUCGAAACUGGGGCCAUCAGAAUCAGAAGAAACUGGUAGGUGUUUUUUUUUUAAUAAUUAGGUGUUGAUUAUUGUGUCUCUAUGUUUUCAAAGACAGAUGUGCAAAAUAUAGCCUAGGACUUAAUUAAUAAUCAGACUUUUUACAUCCCUAACUUAGUACAGGGCUCACAACUGGGCUAUUUAUAAACUGUACUAACUAUACUAGUCUUAAAAAGCAGUUUUACUCUGCAGAUGUUUUCUCCUUUACCUUACUCUCCUUCAGACUUCUUUUGUGCUUAAUAAAAAUCGUAGAAGUUUGAGUGUAAUGCAAUAAUCAUUUCUUUAAAAAAAUUGCCAGAAAAAAUAUUUCCCAUUUGAAGCAUUUUGUACUUCCUCAAGACUUGUGAUGGUUAGUACAGGGGAUUAGUAGUCCUACCUGCUUAUUAUGGUGUCAUUGCUCUUAGUAGAUCAAGUAGGCAUCAAACCCAGUCCUGUAACCCACUAAAUGUCAGAAGCUUCAUACAUUAGGUAUUAAUUAUUAAUAAGAGGACAUGGACUGAUUCAUUCUGGUCUGAUCCAGGUUUUGUUAAUGGCCUUAUAGACAGUUUACAGGUGCCCAAAAAUAAAAUUCUUUCAUUUGUGCUCACAGUAUCUCAUCAAUAUUUUUGGUUUGUUAUUGUUUUGUUUUUUCUUAACUUUCUUUAAUAUCUCUUAAGGUGAAAACUUUUUGUCAGACGAGUCUGAAAAGUUCUGGCUGAACAUUCCUGGCGACUAUGACAGAAAGGUACUUUUGCUUAUCUCAUUUAACCCUUUAGGUCCCAAGAGUGUCCAACAUCAAUUUUCUCCUAACAACAUCAGCAGAUCAACAAGAGUAAAGGUUAUGAGAAUUACUAAAUUGAUGACCAAAGGGAGAAUACUUUGAUCUUAAACCAAAUUCUCUCAACUAUUCUUAAAAGAAAUGUAUGGAGAUUGGUUGGGAGAAUUUGUAUUUGGAUCUUGGGGCUCAAAGGGUUAAUGAGAUUCAAGCUGAAAUACAAAUGGAGAUUUCUAUAUUUUCCUCUUUCAUGUAUUUCGUAUUGAAUUUGUGGGAAACGUUGUGAUGUAGUAAAUAUUAAUAUUGCAAUAAUUUUGAGUUUGGAUGAUCAUUUCAUUAAUAUUAUUCCCUGGCAGCUACCUCUCUGUUUUAAUUCCUUUAUACUCUGCAACUCUGUCCUUAAUGUUAAGCAUUUUUAAACUUAGGGCCAAUUUAUUCGCCACUUCUUUUUCUUGUCGGUCUUAGCUUAUAAUCUUAGGGUCUGUUUUAAUUUUGCCUCACAAACUUCCCCAUUCAUUUUUUAUGAAAAGUUUUUAUUUUGUAACUCUAGCAACGUUUUUUUGGCUUUCUUUCUCUUUUUAUAUAAACCAUCGUAUCGUUGUAAUAUUUAGAUUUACUAUCAUUUUGAUAUACUAUCUCGUAAAUUAAUAAUUCAUUAUUAUUGUUGCUGAAAAGCCCUCUUUAGGGAGUGUUAUUUAAGUUUAAGUUUAUAUUGUAUAAAUUACGUGGAGAAAUUUGCUUACUUCAGAAUGGCAUUUCUUGCUGAUUACUGCAAAGUCCAUAUUGAAACCAAAAUAGGACAGUCAAGUUUGACUAUGACAUAGAGUGUUGUAGGGACUGAAGUACAAAGUGAUUCUCUUUUUUCAGAGUUGGGCAAAUUUUUCACAGGCUGCCAGAAAUUGUUGUCAACAAGAGAUGCAGCAGGGAAAUGUUGAGAAAUUCCUCUGUAAAGUGUUACACAUCGAAUAUGGUAAUUAUCAUUAUUUUGUAAACAACUUUCAUAGUAUGGGAAGAAAAUGUAACUUCCAAGAAAUAUAAAGGAACUAUUGGGAAAGAGAUGGGGUUUGAAUGUGAGUAGCUGUUUCUUGGAGAAGAGCAUUACGUGACAAGAAAAAGACAGCUUCGUGGGAGAAUAGGCAUUCAGCUGAUGAUACAUAAUAUUAUUAAAAUACUCACCUUACCAUACUUGUCAUCUUGUUUUAAUUUGCAUUCUCAAGCACAAGCUGCUGACAGCCAUGUUAGACUGGAGAACUUUCUCACACUGGUGGCUCUCUUUGGACCAUUCAAGCCAGGGCCUGAUGGAUGUCUUCAGAAGGUGAUCCAUUAAUAUAUAUGUAUGUUGUGGUUCAAUUUUAUCCUUGGUUUAAAUUUGAUUUCCCUUUGUUUUGGGGUAUGGUCAUGUAUGAUAAUGAGUUUAAAACAAUGGGAAAUAAAAAUUAAACCAAGGAUAAAAUUAAACCACAACAUAUACCUUGAUAUAGAAACACAUAAUAAUGUACCUUGCAACCUUUUGUAAAUUGGCUAAUAAGCCGAUGUGGUGGUUUAUUUUUAGUCAGAAAGUUAGAAAAGUGAAUGAGAGUCAAGAACUCUGCACAACAUAUUUUUUUUCUGUUGGGAAUUAUACUCGUUUUGACUAACACAGUAUCCAUAUUCACAGUGCAUGACCUAAGAUAAAAAAGAAAAAGGGGUGUUGAUGACAAAUUGAAACCCUGACCCUCUAAGAAUGGGCAAUCUCCCCAACCCCCCGGCCCCCACCCAAAACAGACAACACACUGGGCGUGCUUUAAAAGUGCAAGCUUAAGUUUUGUUCGAAGCUGUGUACAAAGGUUUUCGGCUAAGUAAGGUCCCUUAGCUUACUCAAAAGCCUGGCAUCAACGAAUUUCUAACUCUGGGCCGGGUUGUUCAAAGCUGGGUUAAGAUAACCCAAGGUUAGUGCGAAAUUUGAAUUCAGAUUUGAAAGCUUAAAAAGUAAAUUCUGUUUUAUUCUUUCCGUCAACAGGUUAAUGAUUGGAUACUCUUAAGAAUAACAGAGAAAAUUAUCCGAGAAAAUCGUUUUGAACAAAGAAAAAGAAGGCCGGGUUAAAUUUAUCCCUGGGCUAAGCGCUAAUCGGCGUUCGAACAACUGGGCCUGGAGUUUAAAAAAAGGUUAAGGUUUUACGUUACCUCGAGUUCUGACAAGGAUAUGUCAGUGUCCUCUUGAACUCGCCUUGUUUUUGAGUCGCAAACUAUUUUAUUAGUCUUGACGUUGGCCUGAAAAACGUAUUCUAAAAGGCGUCUUGUCGAUUGUUUUUUUAACGAGGCCCAAUGUGUAACAAUCCUCAAGUAUGAAGUUAAUUAACAAAAUGGACGUCGGCCGACGGCAACCUUCAACGUUUGUAAUUUCCCGCGCUUCCCUCGGCAUGCAAAGUCGUUUCCAGAUCCCAGUUGCGUCAUGCAGAGGGACGGGCCUUGACGGGCCUUGGGCCUUCCAUGGGUUCGUCACGCGUUCCUGCCCCUCGUUGGGGAGGAUUAUUGCGUGACGAGCCAAAAGGACCGUCUGCGCACGGCCUAUUAAAUCUGAAGGUCCUACAGUUCACAGCUAAAAUUGAAAUUUCCAUUACUUUGUCCUCAACUAAUUUUUGUAUUUCUCAUCUUAAAGGAAAAAACAUUCAGUACUUAACAUUUCCUUAUACUAAGUACAAAAAUUUGCGUUAUUUUCGUAUAACCUAUUUUUUCAAUUGUUAUUUUGAAAGAUGCAUGACUUGAUGAAGAACUCUACUUCAGUACGUGAAGGGACAAGAGAAAGGUGAGAUAAAGUAUCCGCUCCUGUUUUUCAUUUGUUAUAUCCACUGAUCAUUGCUUGCGAGCAAUAACGAGGGCAGCAUGCCUUUUUUUUUUUCUGAAACUGGUCAAAUUUCGUAAAGCUCGUUCGAUUGACUGCUGAUUCCGCAAUCAAAUUAAAUGGAAUGAGGUAUAAAACUGACCUACGUUGGCUUUCAUUACAUCGUAAAAUCUGAAGUGUAGUGGUUGAAAUAAAUAAGCUAAAUUCAGUAAAAUAAAUGAAGCAUUAGCGGUUCCAAAGUUCGAACAAACACGUGCAAGGAACUAGUCCACGAGCAUCAGUUGUUGAGAGACACUGUUUAGGUAAAUUCAUAAUAUGUGUCUUAUUUCUUGUGUGGGUGCCCUUCGGGAGAUCAAAUCGUUCUUGUUUUCAGUUGGUUCGCAGGCCACAUGGACGAGACCAAGGCCGAAGAACUCCUUAUAGAUCAAUCGCCUGGCAGUUUCCUUGUCCGCAUUAGCUCCUCCAGAGCUCAUGAGGGUGUGUUCGUGUUGGCCGUCAAAACAAGCAAUGAUGGUGUUGUUCAGAUUCAAAUGGAGGUUAGUCGUGCUUUAUUACUUGAGAAAAUGGCGAUCUGUUUUCUUUUCCAUUAAUAAAUGGCACUUGCGAGCACUUGAACAGAGGCUUCACAGCGGUCAAACGAGUGAAAUUUGCAAAAGUUAAGCGAAAUACUUCAAAGUUAAGGUUGCUACUUUCACUAUCGAAAUUUUAAGGUAUUACCAACAUCCUGUUAGUUUACUAAACUUUUUAAAAGUUUACUAAAAAAGUUCUAAGUGAUUGAAAACCGAUGCUGACGUUAUUAUCGGCGCAGGGGCGGAUCCAGGAUUUUUUUUAGGAGGGGGUGCACUCGUCUCUUGCUCUACUUCAACACCAAUAAGCCACAUAGUUUUUUUUUUGGCAGAAUACCAGUUGUAUUAGAAAACCGCAGGUCAUCUCGGGGGGGGGGGGGUGCGCACCCCCUGCACCCUCCCCCUAGAUCCGCCCCUGCGGCGCCAUUUUCAAACAUGAUUUUCUUUUAGCGCGAAGCGUUUUCAGCGAAAAAAGCUCAAAAUUUUGAGAAAAAUGGAAAGAUAGCUAUGUUGACUAACUGAUUUAUACAUCUUUGCCCAUUUUUCUCUAACUGGUAAAUGAAAUCCCAGCAAUAAAAAACAAAUAUAACGAUUUAGACGUUUGACCGCGGUGGUAACAGAGGCACUUGUGAAUGGCGGGAGAAUGUUGCGUCAUAUCGUCAACCAAUCGGAAGUCAUGUUAAGACCAACGUUUUCCCGCGCCAGGAGCCAGUUUGUCCGCACUUGGUACCAUCUUUAAGCCACAUUUAUACGCCUCAAAAUCUGUUUCCAUGAAGUUCAGCCUAUUGACAGCGCGUAUUGCGAUUAUCAUGAGUCAAAUCAUGUCUCCCUGUCCUGUACUUCCCGGUACAUAUGUAGCUCUUUCAUAACCAUUCCCCACUCAGUGAAAGAAUGGUAAUAGAAUCACGAAGAGGACCGAGUUGAUCAAAACCCGGUUUUAAUACAGAACGAAACAUAUGAGUAGCCAUGGUAACUAAAACUGGAUUUCCGCUAAUCGUCCUUUAAACAACCAAUAAACAACCUAGCCUGCGUGCACUGCCUCGUACCCAGGCGCUUCUUGGGAUGUUCUGUGCCUUUGCGUUUUUGAAGCUUUUCCAUGAUCCUUGCGCCGCGACUACCGUCGAACAUCCCAAAAAGCGCUUACGUACGAGGCAGCUGCGUGCAGGCGUUUAAAAGUAAUUUGGGCACAAGAAAAAUCGAAUAUCUUCCUCGCGCGCCCCGUUCUUUCUUGCGGCCAUAUGACUUUUACGCGCCAGGUAUGAAGACUGCAAAACAACUCGGGUCCAGUAGUGUUAUAAAAGUCACGCAAGAAAAGAAAUUUUUCGGAAACAUUUAACAUCCCUUUUACACCUUUUUUUGCUUUUCCUUUGCAGAGAGAUUUACAAGACAAUAAUCUUGAAUUAGCCAACCAGAAAUUUCCAGACCUCCUGGCAGUUGUCAUUGCUCUUAGACGAAACGUUCUUCUUGAAAACUGCCGGCAGCUUUUGAUCAACCCUUGUCCGCGCCUUCCACUUAAUGCAAUAUUCAGCGGUUACAUGGACAGAAGCGCCAGGCGAGGUGGUCGGGGGCGAGGUGUUCGAGGGCGAGGCAGAUCGCGAAGAUGAAAAUAGAACAUCGGGAACUUGUGGACCUAUCUUUUUAAGAGUCAUGAUUUUCAGUACAGCGGCAUGACAGUCAUUUAGGUAACCAGACGAUAACAUAUAGUUGGCAUUCAUCCCGCAGUUCCUGCAGAAAAAGUCGGCCUCUUAUGUUGCGGGCUUGCCGCCCCCAAUAGAGUCGAUGUGUACCUGGAUUGUGAUAGUUUCCAGUGCAGCCGUUAUCUGUCCGUUUCUCCCCAAAAGAACCAAAGAAGGAGACGGAUGGUGGCUGUAUAUUUGAGGACCAAUACCAAGUUUAUUUAUGUUUCUGAUAGUCAACAGCUAUAUCUCCUUCAUAGGAAAUCCGAACCUGCUUAAGAACCUACUUAGCGUAAAUUGCUAUUAACCAGCCCAAAAUACAAUAACAGUAUUUUGCCAGACUACACGCGGCCGGUUUUUAGUAUAUUUUCACCGUCAAGAUCUCCUUGAUUGGUAUUGUCGUUCUAAGUUUCAGCGUGCAAAGAAAGUACUGUCCGAUAGCCCGGGGCUAGUGGAUUUUGCUAUCGGGCUAGUGAAUUCUGUUUUUACUUGCCCGACGGGCAAGUGAUGUUUUAUGAGGAAUUUGAAGAACAGAAGAACAAAACGUUUUGGGGGCUGGUUGAAAUGACGUCUGGGCUAGUAAGUGCUAGCUUCAGCUUGCCCGAAUGGCAAGCUGUAAAAAUGAUUUUCUUUGCACCCUGAUUAGUUUGGAUGCGAGGAAAAAACCUAAAUCGUUACCUUAAACGAGGCGGUGUCAAAAGCAGUUUUAUUUUGCUACCGUUUACAGUGUGUUUUACUUUCAAGUAUUGAUUGAAGCUGUGGAGAAUUUAUUGGUUAUUUAAAGCUAUGAUGU